AUGGACGUCUCAAACAACCGCCUCUUCCGCUUCUCCAAGCCAGAAUGGCUCAAUAACUCCGCCGUCCGCAACGGCGGCGUCUACGUCGCCGGCGCCCUGUUCGCAGCAGGCUUCUUCUUCCUCAUCGACGUCGCUUCGUUCUCACGCAGCCCGCGCAACGGCUCCGACGUACAUAUCAAAUUCGUCGACUGGGUCCCCGGCAUUUGUAGCGUGCUGGGCAUGCUCGUUAUCAAUUCCAUUGAGAAGUCGCGGCUGCAGGCUGAUAGCUUCAGUUAUAGUGGGAGUGGGGUUGCAUGGAAGGCACGCUUUGUGUUGUUCUUGGGCUUUGCGUUGUUGGCUGGGGGCUUGGCCGGUAGUGUGACUGUUAUGGUUCUCAAGUACCUUAUCAAGGAUUAUCCGAUCACGACGCUUUACUUUGGUAUUGCUAAUGUUGUGGCUAAUGGGUUGGUUAUGCUCAGCUCGAUCGUCCUCUGGGUCUCACAGAAUAUCGAGGAUGACUACACCUACAACCUCGCACUGUGA